GCAGUCAUCCACGUGUUCAAAAAUAGUUUGUUUACAUAGAGGUUUUACUGUCAAUAAACCAUCAUCAUCUCACAGACUGCAUACCAUCUCUCACAGCCACUAUCGUACCGUCAACGCACUGAAGCCAUCCACACACCGGUCAAAGGCUCAUACCUGCCUUUAUCAGUUAACAGUGUGUAAUAUGCAGCCAGCCAGUAUAUCCUAUGGCAAAGACAUCACUGUUAUUGCCUCAGAUGAUGAUGUGGAGGAAGAGCUUUGCCCGGGAACCUCCACAGUGUCAGCUCCAGAUCCAGUAGGACCAAAUGAGAAGAAGACGAAAAGGAAGAAGAGGAGGGAGAAGAGGAAAUUAAUAAACAGACACCUCAAGUCAGCUGAAACCUCGGACAAUUAUAUGUCAGAGCUUCCGUUUUCUCUGACCAGCCCCACCACAUGGAAAGAGCUUGGAUUCUCCGGCCCAGCUUCAACUCAGAAGAAGAGAAAGAGGAAGAGAGGAGAUAUUGGAGGGCGAGUUGACAGCGAAGAGGACGCAGAUAAGAAGAAGAAAAAAAAAGAGAGCGUGCGGCCCAACUUUUUUAUCUCCAUCCCCAUCACUAACACACAGAUCAGCUCAGCCGUAACCCAGGUCCAAGAGGCGGUACUUCAGCAGGAGCCCCGAUUGGCCAGAGCCAUGAUCCCUGUCCCAACUCUCCACAUCACGCUAUUAGUCACUCAUCUCGCCAGUCAGGAGCAAGUAGACCUGUGAGUGGAUGCACACACAGACACACUAACACUCUGUAACGCACAUAAUGGCUU